AUGACCCCACUACCUCAAGGUCUACGGUGUUACGCAACCCCCGGCGUCAGUCCGCACGCAGACUCAAUUGCCCUUGACAAUACGCGGUACACUGAUGUCGGUGUUCCCGCUGGCGUUGACUUUUGGCGCUCUUGUGCUACAUUUAUGCAGCAAGAGGCUGAAUCUCUGCAGCAAGAGGCUGAAUCUCUGCAGCAGCGUGUGGCCAGUCAACAAGAGGUCCUUGACUUGGUAGAGACAGAAAUGGACCGACUGAGAGCAGAGAACCAUACGCAAAGCCACGAGAUUGCUGAACUUGGCCGAGAAAACGAUUUUCAGAGAGAGCUUGUACGGGAAAAGACCGUUGAAGUGGAGGCACUCAAGGAACAGAUUUGUAUGAUGGACGUUGAGGACAGUAAGCGGAGAGAGCGCUCGACAAAAGAUCGGGAAGAGAAAGACCAGCUGCGAGUGUCAAAUAAGAAGCCCCUGGCGAGAAUCAAGGCGUUAAAGAGGAGCGGCACCGGACGCAGGCAGUGUUCAACAUGUUUGAGGAAAAGAAGAAACAGAGUUAAGGCCGAGAAGCGCAGGCGGGAGCUUGAGGGCCGGGAGCUGAAGAACGGCACAAGGGAACUGGAGGAGCUGGAGCGGGAAUCGGAACAGGAAGCUGACGAGGCCUUUGAGAAAGCGACAGCCACCAGCAACGCGAGAAAUUGUACUUGCUGUCGCUGCCGAGGGGGUUGCAACCGUUGGGAAGGAAACAAGCUAGGAAUCCAGAUAGAAUCAGUGGUAGGAGCAGAGAUAUACGAAGAGCAGCGGAUGGAGAUUUUGCGGAGAUUGAUGGUUAACGUCAGGCGGGAGGAUAGAUAUACGACAGAUUGCGAUGAUGAAUGGAAGCUUGGAGGUAAACGGUUUUCCAGCUCCUCAGACUGGUGCGAAAUUGGCGUCUUGAAAUAA